CAUUUGUGACAAUCAGAGUAAGUGAACAUGUUCCUGCCAAAUCUCUGCAGUUUCCAUCACAUUCUCAUGCUGUCUGUAUUCACCGGCGCAGCUAAUGGAUAUUACAACUCCCACUGGUCACAGUGCAUCUACAGCUCCAGUGAUUUCAGUGACAUGGUGUACUUAAUCGACUAUUACUUCAAUAAGUAUGUGUAUGUACAGUACAACAGCACUGUAGGGAAAUUUGUGGGGUUUUCUGAGUUUGGAGUGAAAACUGCAGAGUACUGGAACAAAAAUCCAGAGUUCUUACAGCAAUUAAAAGCUGACGUUGAUAGAGUCUGCAGACAUAAUGCUGAACUGUACAAAACAGCUAUCCACGAUAAAGCAGUGGCUCCAGUUGUGAAGCUGAGUUUAGUGAAGCGGGGCGACAGCAGACACCCAUCACUGCUGAUGUGCAGUGCGUAUGACUUCUACCCUGAGAAAAUCAAAGUGUCCUGGCUGAGGGACGGUGUAGUGGUGACUUCUGACGUGACCUCGACUGAGAAGAUGCCCAAUGGAGACUGGUACUACCAGAUUCACACUGAGCUGGAAUACAUUCCCAAAGCCGGAGAGAAGAUCUCCUGUAUGGUGGAGCAUGCCGGCUUCGAGAAACCCAUGAUCUAUGACUGGAACCCUCCUCUCCCUGAGUUUGAGUGGAACACGCCGCUGUUAUUCACUGCUGGAGUUGCUGCACUGAUGCUGGGAAUCAUCAUAGCGGCUGCUGGAUUCAUUUACUACAAGUCAAAAUAAACAGACGAGAUCCUAGUACUACAUUAAUGAUGGUCCUCGUUCUGACGACUGAAAGAGGCCUCGUCAUGGAGAAACACACACGCUUCAUGGCAUGACAAAAUAAGUGCGUUUCAAAAUAAACCACUAUCAUCAGAAGCGUAGCAUGUUGUCAGAUGUGUUUCUGGACAAUAUUUCAGCAUCUUUAGGCAGUAUUGACAGUAAUGAUGUUAGAAGUUUCUUUGCUUUGUGAAUUCACCAGUGACCCCCUUUAUAUAUUUCAUUUUUAUAGCUGUGUGAACUAUUCAGUAAAUGCCAUUUUCUGUGCUCUGUGUUACUGAACUGAGAUAUCAUGAGUGCAUUAUUAUGGUAUUAUAGAGUAUUGUUUACUGUGUUUGGAAAAAUGGAACAAACUGUUUUGUAUAAAGCUACAAUUGUUUUUGGAAAGUGUAUGGGACACCAUGCUUGACUAUGCAUCAUGUCAAUCUUUCACUUUUUAAUUGUGGCCAAGUCUGUGGAGAAAAAGCAGAUGAUCUGUGUACUGAGAGUAAAACUUUGUGAUAUUCUCUAA